UAGUCAACCCCUCCACUCAUUAGGCGCGUGGGUUCUUCUCAUCUACCCCAAGAAGAAAUUCAACCUUUUGGACAAAUCCGAUCCAAUUCCAGCCUUCAACCUCUAAUUAUACUUACAAAGUUACGCACACUCAUAGGUGUACAGAUGAAGUCAGUAGAGGUCUGUUUGUUGGGUGUAGUGCUCAUUGUGGUGGGGCUGGUGGUGCCGGUGGCGCGGGGGAUAUGGUUGGACGUACCGAGUUCAGGAACAAAGUGUGUAUCGGAGGAAUUACACAGCAAAGUCGUCGUUUUGGCUGAUUUCUUUGUCGUCGGCGACGAGCAUCAUAUAAAUAAUAGCAUUGUUCCCACCAUUUCUGUUAAGGUUACUUCACCAUACGGUAACAACCUUUAUCACCAAGAAAAUGUCACCCAUGGUCAAUUCGCCUUCACGACAACUGAGUCUGGCAACUACUUGGCAUGCUUCUGGAUUGAUAACAGUCAUCAAGGAGAUAGGAGUAUGAGUGUUGGUCUUGAGUGGAAAACUGGAAUCACUGCCAAGGAUUGGGAUUCAGUUGCAAAGAAAGAAAAAAUUGAUGGUCUAGAACUUGAGUUACAGAAGCUUGAAGGAGCUGUGGAAGCAAUCCACGAAAAUUUAAUCUAUCUGAAAGACAGGGAAGCGGAGAUGAGGGAAGUGAGUGAGAAAACAAAUGCUAGAGUGGCUUGGUUAAGUAUCCUGUCCCUUGGUGUCUGCAUUGUGGUUUCGAUUUUUCAAUUGUUGUAUUUGAAGCGCUACUUUCAGAAGAAGAAACUAAUCUAGAAUUUUACUGUUCAUUUUUUAAGGCUCUUAGAUAUUCCAAUAACUCUAUAAUUUUGAAGAACACAGAAAUUUUCCAUACGUGCACUGUAGUGUUUGACCCUGUAUUACUAGUGAAUGCCUAUUUCGUACUAAAUUGAAGUUACUCUUGAAGUGGCUUGCAUAUUUGGUUGUUUAUUAAAUUAUAAUUUAAUA